GCUGAGGCGCUGCUGCCCGAGCGCGGGAUCCGAGACGUGGCUCCGGGGCGGAAGAACCAUGUUGGACUUCGCGAUCUUCGCCGUUACCUUCCUGCUGACGUUGGUGGCAGCGGUGCUCUACCUCUACCCGGCUUCUAGACAAGCUGCAGGAAUUCCGGGGAUUACUCCAACUGAAGAAAAGGAUGGUAAUCUUCCGGAUAUUGUGAACAGUGGAAGUUUGCACGAGUUCCUGGUUAAUUUGCAUGAGAGAUAUGGGCCCGUGGUCUCUUUCUGGUUUGGCAGGCGCCUUGUGGUUAGUUUGGGCACUGUUGACGUACUAAAGCAGCAUAUCAACCCCAACAAGACAUCGGACCCUUUUGAAACCAUGCUUAAGUCAUUAUUAAGGUAUCAAUCUAGUGGUGCAAAUGUGAGUGAAAACCACACAAGGAAGAAAUUAUAUGAAAGUGGUGUGACUAAUUCUCUGCAGAGUAAUUUUGCUCUCCUGCUGAAGCUUUCAGAAGAAUUAUUAGAUAAAUGGCUCUCCUACCCAGAGUCCCAGCAUGUACCCCUCGGCCAGCAUAUGCUUGGUUUUGCUAUGAAGUCUGUUACACAGAUGGUAAUGGGUAGUACAUUUGAAGAUGACCAAGAAGUCAUUCACUUCCAGAAGAAUCAUGGCACAUUAUUUAUGUUUUCCUAUUUUCAGGUUUGGUCUGAGAUUGGCAAAGGCUUUUUAGAUGGAUCGCUUGAUAAAAGUACAACUCGGAAAAAACAAUAUGAAGAUGCCCUUAGACAACUGGAAUCUAUUUUAAAGAAAAUCAUAAAAGAACGAAAAGGAGGAAACUUCGGUCAACAUAUUUUCAUUGACUCCUUAGUACAUGGGAACCUUAAUGACCAGCAGAUCCUUGAAGACAGUAUGAUAUUUUCUCUGGCCAGUUGUGUAAUAACUGCAAAAUUGUGCACCUGGGCAAUCUGUUUUUUAACCACCUCUGAAGAGGUUCAGAAAAAACUUUAUGAAGAGAUAGACCAAGUUUUUGGGAAGGAUCGUAUUACUCCAGAGAAAAUCGAGCAGCUCAGAUAUUGUCGGCAAGUACUUUGUGAAACUGUUCGGACUGCCAAACUGACCCCAGUUUCUGCCCGGCUUCAAGAUAUUGAAGGAAAGAUCGACAAAUUUAUUAUUCCUAGAGAGACCCUUGUUCUUUAUGCUCUUGGUGUGGUACUUCAGGAUCCCAGUACUUGGCCAUCACCACAUAAAUUUGAUCCAGACCGGUUUGAUGAUGAAUCGAUGAUGAAAACUUUCUCCUUGCUUGGAUUCUCAGGCACACAGGAAUGCCCAGAAUUGAGGUUUGCAUAUAUGGUGACCACAGUACUUCUGAGUGUAUUGGUGAGGAGGCUGCACCUACUUUCCGUGGAGGGACAACUUAUUGAAACCAAGUAUGAACUGGUAACAUCAUCCAAGGAAGAAGCUUGGAUCACUGUCUCAAAGAGAUACUAAAAUUUUAUACAUUUAACUUUCUUGAGGAUAUUGAUGGUUUAAAAAGUCUGUAUUGAAUCCUUUUAUAAAUCAAGUAAUACUAUGGAAUAUAAAUACCUACUAGUACUUCAUUAUGUAAACUUGGGUUUUUGCAUAUCAGACUUUCUUAAUGCAUGAUAUACAUUCAUACUUAUUACAUCAAUAUAAUGAUAAUUUUACAGGAAGCUCUCUGUUUUAAUUUUUGUUUUAUCAUGUUCUUUUCUUGUAUUUUGCUUUUUGUUUUGUUUUAUCACUUUCUAUGCCAUUAUCUUCAUAUUAUUUUUCUUAGUUUGAUCGCUAAUAU